CCAUGCGCAGAGUUGCGAGGCGGUGGGUGACGUCACAUGACAAGGGUGACGUUUGAUGAUGUCAAGGUGCAUCGCGUCAAAUGACAGCGCUGCAGUUUGUUGUAUAAACUUGAUGUCCUGACGAGGCGGUCAACUGUUUUUUUUUUUUUUUUCCUCCCCUCUUCCCUGCUCCCUCCCCCAAAAGACUCCAAGAGUAGGCGAGGUGUUGCGUUUAAGACUCCACAUUGAAAUGGUUUUAACCAAGGGAGGACAUUUGCUUCAUUCUUCUAUUGAAACACAAACAUGAAUAUCGAUCAGAAGCGGAGAUCAGUUUACUCCCAGAAUGAUGAGCAGUCCCCAAUUGAACCUGACUUACUGAGGUGCAGCAACCUGAACAUGCCCCUGCUGGCGUCAGAGUUCUUCAAAAGCGAAUUACAGCUGCACCUGGAUGGCAUAACUACCGAGACGUGGGACUUAAUCGAGUACGGCCACUUUGACUGCAAUGCGUUCAUGGUGCUGUUGAAAAUGUGGCAAAGUAUCCUGUACAAAAUCUCCCAAGAAGUGCUGGUCGUUGUGGUGCCUCAGGUGGAAGAACACGCACACAUCAUCGAGAAAGGUUGUGGCACUCUGCAACGGGCCCUCAACUUCUCGUGUGUGACGGAGGAUGACAUCCACGCGUGCAUUUGGGACUCGCUUCUUCUGGCCCUCAAAGACACAAUAAACGCCGGAAACGUAAAGACGCCGUGCGGCGACCAGCUGCUGGAGAUGGUCGCAGCUAAAGUGUCGAAGACGGUGAACAAGGCGCUGUCCGACAUCUCCUUGAAGCCCAACUCUUUCACGUACCCGGACGUGCCUCACCAAGUGUCGGAGAUCGGAGAAAUAGCGCUACAGACAAUCUCGGUGCUGAGGAACUGCUUGGAGAACAUGAGGACGGCCGCCGGCGCCGCAGGGGAGGACGUGUGCGCCGACAGCGACUCGUCGGAGGAGAAAAGCAACGGCUUGGUGGCGCCUCUGCCCACGCCUGUGCUCAACACCCGGGCGGAAAAGAAAUUCCGCGCCCGCACUCCCGCCGACGGCUGCGCGAAGACGGAAAAGGGUUGUUGUCGCCACACGUCCGUGGGAACAUGGACAAAGAAAGAAAACACCUUUUUCACCGUGUUGCUGUGGAAGCUGACGGACCAUAUCGCCCACUCCAACUCCAAGUCGGUGCUGGAGAUGGACAUCGACUGGAUGUUGGCGCAUAUCAUGAGCGCGGUGGUAGAGACGCACCCCAACCUCCUGCUGAACAUCGGUGACUUCCAUGUCCACAUCUACAAGGACCUCUGUCAGGAAUUUGGAUCUAAGGAGCGCCUGUAUUUCUCCAUGGCGCGCUCUCAGGCCGCCUUUGUGGAAGCUCUCGCUCGGGCACUCAGGCAUCAUCUCCAGGCGCCGAAAAAGACCGACUUUUUCACCAAGAUCAGGGCCUUUUUCAAGAAGAAGACUGCAAAAGUGUCCCUGGCCUAUGAGCAAGGACAGAUGUGGCUGCAGGCUUCCACGGGCACCAAGAAGCUCUGACCCGGGUCUGAAGAAGCCGUUCUGACUUCUUGCGAGGAAACCAUAACGACAGAUGUUUUUCAGUGCAGCCUGACGAGACGUCGCUUUAUUGGUUCGGCAGCUGAGAUUCCUCACAAUCAGUGUUGCCCGAGUGCAGGUUGGUGAAUGAUGCAACCUGCUUACCUCUGGCCAUGGAGCGCUCAAAGGCUCCCUGCCCCAGUACGGGGGUGUGUGGAUGCUCCCUGCCCCAGUACGGGUGUGCGGAUGCUCCCUGCCCCAGUACGGGGGUGUGUGGAUGCUCCCUGCCCCAGUACGGGUGUGCGGAUGCUCCCUGUCCCAGUACGGGUGUGCGGAUGCUACCUGUCCCUGUAUAGGUGUGCGGAUGCUACCUGUCCCAGUACGGGUGUGUGGAUGCAGGGCAUUGCCGCGGGUUCACGGCCAAGCACAAGAGUUGCGCUGUCAGAGCUCAGUCCAGUCCACUUGUUUACUACGUUGUUAGAG